CACUCCUUUACUUCUUUCCACCCGCCCUUUCGAUUCCUCAUCACAUUCGCUUGUGAUCAAUUACCGACGUCGGGCCCUUGAAAAGAGACCUUAGGAGCUGAUCGCAGCUCCUAUCAACCGGAGACAGAAUGUCUGGACUCCGUUUCCUCGACCUCGUGAAGCCGUUCACACCCCUCAUCCCCGAAGUGUCCGUCCCCGAGACCAAGGUUCCUUUCCAGCAACGGAUAAUAUGGACGAGCGUCACGCUGGUGAUCUUUUUGGUGAUGAGCCAGAUGCCAUUGUACGGCAUUGUGUCUUCAGACACCUCCGAUCCGCUCUACUGGCUGCGCAUGAUGAUGGCGAGUAACCGUGGAACGCUCAUGGAACUCGGUAUCACACCGAUUAUCUCCUCCGGCAUGGUGUUCCAGCUUCUCGCUGGUACCCACCUCAUUGACGUCAACCUCGACCUGAAGUCCGAUCGCGAGCUGUACCAGACUGCUCAGAAGCUUCUUGCCAUCAUCUUGUCUUUCGGUCAGGCCUGCGUUUACGUGCUUACCGGACUUUACGGCCCACCAGCUGAUCUCGGUGCCGGUAUCUGCGUUCUCUUGGUCGUUCAGCUUCUCACUGCUGCUCUGAUCGUCAUUCUCCUCGAUGAGCUCUUGCAGAAGGGCUACGGUCUCGGCAGCGGUAUCUCUCUCUUCAUUGCCACCAACAUUUGCGAGUCCAUCGUUUGGAAAGCGUUCUCUCCAACCACUGUCAACACUGGCCGUGGUCCCGAGUUCGAGGGUGCCAUCAUUGCGCUGGUCCACCUCUUGAUCACCUGGCCGAACAAGCAGCUGGCCCUCCGUGAGGCUUUCUACCGCCAGAACUUGCCCAAUGUCAUGAACCUGCUGGCCACCAUUGCUGUCUUCAGCGUGGUCAUCUACCUUCAAGGAUUCCGUGUCGAGAUUCCAGUCAAGUCUUCGCGUCAGCGUGGAAUGCGUGGCUCUUACCCCGUCCGCCUUUUCUACACCUCGAACAUGCCCAUCAUGCUCCAGUCCGCUCUGUCCUCCAACGUUUUCCUUGUCUCGCAGAUGCUCUACAACCGCCUUCCGGAGAACCUCCUCAUCAGACUCAUCGGCGUGUGGGAGGCUCGCGAGGGUUCUUCUCAGGUUCUCCCAAUCAGCGGUCUUGUCUACUACAUGAGCCCACCUCUCAACAUCACUGAUGCUCUCUUGGACCCGAUUCAUACCGCCAUCUUCGCCGUCUACAUGAUCGUUGCCUGCGCUGCCUUCAGUAAGACUUGGAUUGAGGUUUCUGGGUCGAGUCCACGCGAUGUGGCCAAGCAAUUGAAGGAGCAGGGAUUGGUCAUGGCUGGACACCGCGAUGAGAGCAUGUACAGGGAGCUCAAGCGCGUCAUCCCAACUGCUGCUGCUUUCGGUGGUGCAUGCAUUGGAGUGUUGUCCAUCACUAGCGAUCUUCUGGGAGCUCUGGGCAGCGGUACUGGUAUCUUGAUGGCUGUCACGAUCAUCUAUGGCUACUUUGAGAUUGCCGCCAAGGAGGGCGACAUGGCCGGAUUGAAGGGUAUGGUCAUGGGUUGA